AUGAGCGGGCCAACAGCUAAGAGCAAGAGAGGGCCGACGGUGCUCAUGACCGACAGCCGCGACGCUGCACCCCGAGCACCCCAACGACCCGGCGCAGGACAGCGACAGGCGACAGGCGCGCGCUUGAUCUCGGUGGACAACAUCCUGCAGUACGCCUCCGACAUUCCCUCGCAGCAGCAGCGACGCGGCCCACCGGGCAACGCCAACCGCCCCAUCAUGCACACGCGCACCCCCAGCGGACGCCAUCCGCUCGAUCCCAGACUCACUGGCCGCCUGAUCCCCCAGCACAUGCCCACGCGCUCCAGCAAGCUCAGCGAAAAGCUCGUCCUGCUGCCCGAGACGGAGGGCCAGGAGGAGGACGAGAAGGGCGACUUUGACGACGACGAGUACGAGGGCCCGCCCACUGACGAAGACCUCGCGCGACGGACCCCCAAGGGCGGCCCAAACGACAAGAGCUAUGCCGAGCGCCUGCCCAAAGCGAAGCGGACGGAUAAGCUCUCGCGUGUCACGGCCUACUGCACCGCCCAGGCCUACAAGAUGAAGAGCACCGCUCAGUUCGUCAAGGACACGCACAAUGCGCGCACCAAGCUGUACGACGACUGCCUCUACACCGUAUACCACCUCCCGCUUCUGCCCGGAAACGAUGGCUACCGGGUCCGCAGUAGCCCGGCGCUCAAGAGCCCAGGCGGAAAGACGGUGCUCGACGAAGAAAUCGAGCGCAACGAGCAGCGCGAUCACCACGAAGGCUACUUUGGCGACGAAGAGACAUACUACGUGCGCGACGACCACGAGCUCGACCAGCCCUGGGACGGCAUGCACGACCGCCGAGACUCGACCGAGAACUCCAGAAUCGCGCCCAAUGCGCUGACCUUUGGCGAGAUGUUCGUCUUCUCGUACGGUGUCGUCGUUUUCUGGAACUUCACAGAGAAGCAGGAGAAGGACAUCUUGGCCGACCUCACCUUCUCCGCCGUCGCUACCGGAAUCAACAUCGCAAGCCGACCCUUGGCCGAGUCCGACUUCGAGACGGAAGAGUUCCAUUUCGAAUACAACCCCGAGAUUCAGCGACCCCGCGUCUACAACGACAUGAUUACCCUCAAGAGCGGAGACCACAUGAUCAAGCUAGCCAUGAGCCACGCCAUCGCGCAGAGCACCAAGCUUAGUCUGUUUGAGGAGAGCAUGAGCCGGACUAUGCUCGCCGCGCAAUACGUACCGAAGCGCUUAGCACUUACCGGAAAGUUGGGCAUGAGGAGAACGGAUGUAGUCAAGAUGAUUGGACAACUCUUCACCAGCCGUGUCGAGGUGAACCUGUCAUCGAAUAUGCUCGACACCCCAAGCUUCUUUUGGGACUCCGAACCUACCCUCCAUCCACUCUACACAGCUGUCCGCGAAUAUCUCGAGAUCAAACCCCGCAUCCAAGUUCUCAACGAGCGAUGUCAGGUCUUCUUAGAUCUGGGCGAGAUCCUCUCCGACUCCAUCAGCGACAAGAAGAUGACCAAGAUUACGUGGAUCAUCAUCGUACUCAUUGUCCUGAGUAUCUGCAUAACGUGUUUGGAGGUGCUGCUCCGGUUCGCUAUUCUGCAAAAGGGCAGGACUAAUGUUCCAGUGGCUGGUGACUUGGAAAUCAGGGCGGUAGAUGGACUCAAGGGAAUGGGUCCGCCCGUCACCUUGAUCCUCCAUCUCCCCAUUCACAUUCUCACCAGCCACCAGCCAAUCAUGAAAUUCAACACCCCUCUUCUCAACCUCCUCACCGUAGGCGCCAUCCUCAUCUCCGAUGCCUCCGCCCACAAAGACAAAAAGAAAGCCGCCGCGGAACUCGAGAAAGACAUGACGGCCCACACCCUGGAAGCCAAAGCUGUGAACUACAUGGUCUUUGUCGAGCCCCUAUGGCACUUCAUGGACAUGUGGCAUAACCAUGAGGCCUCAUACGGUGUUACGGGUCUGGACUGGGUGACGGAUGCUUGUACAGGCGUUGAUGACAGGCCGUUUAAGUGGGACUUCAAACCAGCUUGUAUCCGCCAUGACUUUGCGUAUCGAAACUUCAAGCGCCAGGGGAGGCUGGGUCAUCAAGCCCGCAAGAAAAUCGACAAGAACUUCAAGGAGGACAUGUACGAUCAAUGCAGGAAGGAAAAGCACAAACACCUGUGCCGUAUUGGUGCGAAGAUUUACUAUGCCGGUGUGAGGGUUAUGGGGAGGAGGGAUCUUGUUGAACCGGAGAAGACUAUGAUGCAUGCGACUGGAAUCGCCAAUGCUACCACCGAGGAUACUGCUGCAAUCGCUGCCAUCACCGUCGACUCGCAUGCUGAUAUUAGUGCUGAGGAGAGGGCUCAGAAGGUGUUUGAGGCUUGGAUUGCGGAGCUGCGAGCGCAUCCUGAGGUGCUGAUGGAGAUGACGGAGAGGGAUCUGGAGAAUGUGGAGGUGGCGCUCGAUGAGGGGAUCCAGGACAUUGAAAAGGGUGAUGAGGCGCAGGAAGAGAUGGCUGCUGUUUUUCUCUGA